AUGGAUAUAGCGAAAAAUGCUACUAAUUCUUAUCCAUUAUGGUAUUUUUUAAAUGAUUCACUUAUGAUUAUUGGUAAUAUUAUUGGUAUAUUUUUUGCAUUUAUUUUUAUAUUUACAAUUAUUCGUCUUGAUCAUCCAUCUUAUUCAAUUUCAAAUUUAAUCGCAUGUAAUACUUGUUUAGCCGUAGGAUUGACUAGUACAAUUAUGUUAAUAAAUGCUUGUUAUGCAUUAACAAGUGAUUUUCGUGGAAUUGGUUAUGUAGAUUCAUUUUGUACUUUACGUGGAACACUUCUAACAUUAUUAUAUAUAUAUAUGUAUACAUCAUUUUGUUUAAAAGCAUUUAAUCGACUUCGAUGUAUCGUUUAUUAUACAAAUCCACUAUUAACAUCAUAUCGAUGUUUAUUAAUUGUAAUUUUAUUUCAAUGGUUAUUAACAAUAUUAUUAUUUUUAGUAAUAAUAUUAACAGAUGGAAUUGAUUAUGAUUGGGGAUCACAUUUAUGUUUCAUACCAAUAACAAAAACUUAUCAAUUUAUAUACAUGAUGAUUAUUUAUUAUAUUUCUAUGUUAUUUAUAUCGAGUAUUUAUAUUUACAUUCUUUAUUAUGUUUUACAUUUACCAUUAUUAGAACGAUAUCGUCGAAAGCGUCAAUUAGCACUUCUGAGACGAAUUCUUGUUCUUCUUACAAUGCUUAUUAUACCCGGUUUGUUAUCAUCGUUUUUACUUGUUCGUUGGAUUUUUUUUGGCACAAUUCCAUUUUAUUCAUUUAAAAUUAGUACUUUAUUUGACACAUUUGGACAUACUGGUGCAGUUAUAACAAUAUUUGUAUCGCAUACAAAAAUUCGCCGUCAAUAUUAUAGACGAAAACCUAUUAGAAUUAAUAAAGUGAUAAAAAAAGUUCAACAAGAAAAUUGUGAAUUAAUUUCAUUAAAACUUCAACGAAAUUAA